GUUAAAUCAUAACGGUAUGAUAACUUAAGAAUUGGAAAAAUUCUAAUGAUUGAUUCAAUAUUCAACAGACAACGACGGUGUAAAUCAAUCAAUCAGUCAGUCAAUCAAUCAAUAAUGAAUUCUUUAUUAUCACCACUAAUAUUGGAUAUUCUUAAUACACAUUAGCAAUUAUUUCCAUCGACUGACUUUAUCGUCCAUUGACCACCUGUCAGUAUCCUUCUACAUGCACAUUAUUUAUGCUUCAUAAAUUUGUUUGGAACACAUUUUUAAAUGUUCUAUGAGUAGUAUAAAUCCUGGCUGAAUUAAAUAAUAAGUGUACAACAGGAUAUCAGUUCUCGUCAUUUCAACCAAUCACUGCCAACAGGAGCAGUAGUGGUGGUUAUAUUACUACGAAUCUGACUACAUCCACGAUUACAACUAUCACUACUGCUACCACUAAUAUUACUACUCAUAAAGACAAUAUAAGUAGUGGCAUACCUAAUAAUAAUAAAACUCAAAGGAUUAAUCAUUUACAAGAACACCAAACUAUCUAUCAACAAAAGCCUAAAACUCCUAGUAUUUGGUGGCAACACACCAAUCAUAAUGUUAUCAAUGAAAACGCUACAGAGACUGAGGAUAGUGAUUGUCUAUCCGGUAGAAAUUGUCCCACCAGUAGUCAGUUUAUACAUAAUAAAUAUACUGGAUACAAUCAUGGUCAGCUUAAAACUGCAAAUAAUCGAUAUUUUAUUACAAAUAAAUCAGAAUUGGAAACGAAGACGAAAAGAGAUCGACAGAUUACGUUGAAGAUACUCAGUGGUACAUCUGGAGAAGAUGAAGAUGAUGAUAUUGAUUUUAUAAAUGACGAUUAUGACGACGAGGAUGAGGAUGAUGAGAGUACUAGUCUGAGUCAUUCAGAUGUGAACAAUUAUCCAUGCAGAAAUCAGCAAAAUGUUAUGCAAUAUUCCCUCCCAUUACCAGUACUUGUCCCUAUCCCAAUUAUCACUCCACUUAUAAGUAGAACAUAUCCAACAAAUGUGAUGAUGCAUUCAACAACAUGUUGUCCAACUACACGAGAUCAGUCUAGUGAAAUGGAAUCCGUGUCUUCCAGUCAGCUAGUGCUUGGUGUAAAAUUACCAUUCUCUGUAUUGGAUUCACAAAUUCGCGCCAAACCACCUCCAUCUGUACGAAUUCCUCCUCCGCCUCCUUCUGCUCCUCCAUCACAGCCAAUACCACCUUCAUCUUUAUACCAACAUCAGUCAUAUCAGCAUCAUGAUAAACACCGACAUCUACAACACCAACCUCAUUUAUCCUCUUUAUCAUCGAUAUCAGCGUCAUCCCCAUCACCUCAGUCACCACCGCCUCCUCCACAGAGACAACAGCAACAAAACUCCCAAUUGAAAUCAACUAAGCAAGAGAGGAGUAGUUAUUCCUCCGCGUCUUUGUUAUCAAUUCACGAAGUAGAAAUUGUAGCAAACAAGUACACUGACUUGAAAUAUACGAAUCAUUCCAGCUGUACAUCACCUAUAAAUAGUCAACACUAUGUUGUACAAAAUCUCUGUGAAAGCUUUGAUCAGAAUACAUCUAACCAUUUAGUUAUUAACAAUCCAUCUGUGCCUAUCAUAUCUAACAACCCUACAACAACAACAACAACAACUACUACUACUAUAAUGACUACGAGUAAUACUCCUUUAACAGAAUUAAUUAUAGUCAAUGAAGUGUCUAGUAGAAAUUUAAAGCCAAGGGUUGCAUUUAUUGAGCCAGUCGAUGAAGCUUCAAUACAUGAUAGUAAUCCUACGAAUAAUGCUACUAACAACAGCAACAACAAUCAGUCAGACAGUGAAUCAACUGUUAGAAUAAACAAAGAAAGUCAUCAUCCUACUACUAACAAACUUAAAUUAAGUCUAUCUGCAAGAUUUCCUGGUUGGGGAGUGAUUACAGAUGAUGAUGAUGAUGAUGACGACGAUGAUGUUGGCCGAGGAGGAGGUGGAGACUGUCAACAGAAUGUGAAAACUGCUCAAAAUGAUAAUGUGUCUGUCAGCGUUGAGACACUGAUAUGCUCAACAGCGCAACAACUUACUUCCAGUAAUCCUAAUCGCAGUAGUGAAAAUCGAAAUCGACAUAUCAUCAAUAAAAAAGUGAGCAAUAAUGAUUUUAAUGUAAAUAGUGCUCAUACCCCUCCUCCUCCUCCUCCUACCACUACUUCUACUACUACUACAACUAAUAACGGUAUGUAUAGUAAUACUAUCAACAACAACGACGAAAACAACAUUAUUGAAGAGAGAGGACAACAAGAAGUCGUGAAUUCUGAACAAGAAGAAGAUGAUGAUGAUGAUGGAGACGAUGACGAUGAAGCGAUGAAAUCUAAAGCAACAACAUCUAGCCUAUAUGCUAAUCCUGAAAUCUCAUUAUCUCAGUUAAUGAAUAUGAAUGAUGAAGAAUUGUAUUAUGAAUUACACGAAAAAUAUCAAAAUAAGCGCCAACAACAACCAUCAUCAUCAUCAUCACAGAAAUUGAAUGAACAAAAACAACAACAACAACAACCACAACGUACUUCAUCGAUAUUAAGUCAACCAAGAAAAUCCCUGGCAAUGAUAUUUUCACAAAUUAGUAAUAAUUUAGGAUUUACACAAGAAUCAUCUACAACAGGUGGAAUUGGAGGCGGGACAGGAGUAAUUGAUCACUAUCCUAUGAAUUCAAUAAAAAGGAAUCGUAACAAUGAUAAUACUGUUCAAAAUAAUAAUGAAUUUACUUCAGACCGACGUAAAAGUGUCAUUUACACUGAUUCUAAUGAAAUGUCAAUAAGAAAUAGUGAUUCAGGUCAAAGAUUAAUAGAACGUAAUAUAUUGAAUACAUUUAUGAGUAAUCAAGGUCAAGGUCAUGGCAGACAUAGCGGAUCAAUCAGUUCAAAUGUACACAUGAAUAAAUUAAAUAAUAGUAAUAAUAAUGCAAAUACAUUAUUAACAAAUCAUCCUGGAAUAUCGAAUACACCAGUAAAUCCUGUCGAUCGAUCAAUACUUGUUGAUUUACUGUGUUGUACAUGUUGUACAAAUUCUGAUGAUGAAGAUGAAGCCUAUUCAAAUUUAAUUGAAAAUCAUCGAUUAGCACGUAUUGUUACAAUGGGUGCUAUAUUAACUAUCCUAGGUUUAAUAUUUGCGUAUAUUAUACGUUCAGCGACAGAAACUCAAACACCGUUGACUAAUUCUCAGACGAUAACUUCGCCUACUAGUGCUGUGACCACAGCAUCAGCAGCAACAGGAAGUUCGAGUCAUUUGAAUAAUUCUAUGUCAAAACAGACAACAGAUUUAACAGUUAACCGAAAUUUGUUAAAGUUAUCAGAGAACUUUUCUAAUCUAAUUGAUUUAGGUGAUGAGAUUGGAUUGGAUCAGAUUUUUGAGAGGUCCAGCUCAUCAGCACAUGUAAAUAAUAGUGUUAGUAGUAUUAAUAACAAUAAUAAUAGUAAUAAUGCCGUAGAAUAUUCUUCGCACUAUGCUCCCUCUUACUCCUCUCUGUCCAACAAUUCUUCGACUCCUUCAUCAUCAUCCUCCGUCUCUAACUUUACUCCGCCUUCAUAUUCUAGUCAAAUUAGGCACAGUGUGAAUGACAUGUACAGUCAUCAUCGUCCACCAUAAAUUAUUAAUAUUGUUAAUUUUUCAGUUUGUUUGAAUUUCCCUCUCUGUUUAUUUUUAGUAUUUUUGUAAUCAUACUACUGAUAAACAGCUUUAUUAGUAAUACAAAUUGAAAUAUUUAAAUUUUCAUGUACUUAUUGAUAUCGAUUAUUAUUAUGAUUAUUCUUAUGUUUCUGAUUUCAAAUAAAUCAGAUAUAUAUAUUU